AUGGAUCACACUGGGUGCUUGAGAAAAGGAGGUGUCGAUAUGUCGGAAAGUGAAUCCAAAGGAAAUUGGUUUUGCAGCAAGAAUUGUAAAAAGAUAUCUUUGGGGCUCCACAAGCUUUUGGGGAAACAAUUUUCCGUCGGUGUUGGGAAAUUAACUUGGUCACUUCUGAAGUCCAUGAAAAGCGAAACUGAUAAUGAUGCCAUUACGGAGAGUUUUAGCAGGCUUAGUAUUGCCCUUGAUGUAAUGCAUGAGAGAUCUUGCAGAAGAUAUCAUUUUCAGUCAAAUCUCAGUCGCUUGAACUUUCAAGGGUUCUAUACCUCGCUAUUGGAGAGAAAUGAUGAGCUAAUCACUGCAGAUACUGUAAGGAUUCAUGGAGAGAAGGUGACUGAAGUACCUCUUGUUGCUACCAGGUUUCAAUAUCGUCGACAAGGAAUGUGUCGUGUGUUGAUAAAUUUACUUGAAAAGAUGCUUAUGGAUUUAGGUGUGGAGAGAUUGGUUUUGCCUGCUGUCCCCAGUGUGUUAAACACAUGGACUACUGCAUUUGGGUUUUCAAGAAUGACAAAAUCUGAGAGGCUGCAAUUUCUGGAUCAUACGUUCCUGGACUUUCAAGAUACAAUAAUGUGUCAAAAACUUCUAAUGAAGAUCUCUGCAGCCGAACCAAGCCUGUUAAUAGGAACAAAGCCUCAGAUGUCUAGAAGUGCUGAUAUUGUCGAUCUUGAUGAGUCCAGUGCUGCCUCUGAAGUGUGUCAACCGGAACGAACAGAGGACAGCCAAACCGUAUCCCAGGGACUUGAGUAUGUCUCACUUCUUCCGACUAUAAAUUUAGAUGGAAAUGAACACAAGAACCCUCAUGAAAUGAACACAAAAUUCACUAGUACUGUAGUAGAGUAG